AUGAAGCUGGUCGAGUCCAACGAUACGGUCGAUUUCCCUGAUGGUGUGACAUUUACCGUCAAGAACCGCGUGGUUCAUGUUACCGGACCUCGUGGAACCCUCAAGCGCGACUUCCGCCAUCUUCACAUGGAG